UACUUCACUCGCUGUUAUUUUGGCAGCGGUAAUAAUGAUCAGUUUAAAAGAUCUGAGACGGCGUAACGCGCUACAACUCUACGCCCGGGCAAAGGCACCUUGUAGAGACUAUCACGGUCUGACGGUAUGGGACAAUUGCAUUUCUUUGACCACGUGGAGAGUGGGUAGGACAUUGCGCGUGCUGCCAAAGCAGGCACUGUGUAGUCUGAAGGAUUGGAAAUCGGACAAGAACUUGAGGGACCAAGUAGAAGGUUUGUUCGGUGCGGGGACUUCCGAGUACGUAACAGCGUUAGCUAGCGGGGAACUCAAAUUCGAAACGUUGCCGUUCGGCGUGUUUCUAAGCAUCGUCCGUUUCUUAAACUUCAAGGACGUGCUGACAUUGUCCCGGUGCUCCAUAAUUUUACGCGAGGUUUGCAACAAGGACGAAGUAUGGCGUCUGAUGUUUGUGAAAAAGAUGGGAAGACCACCCUCGAACGAAGAGAAAUGGUUAGCUUUGGGUUACACGUGGAGAGAAGUGUUGAAAAAACGGUUAGAGUACGUCCAGAAGGUUGCUGCACUGCAGAAUACGUGUGCGGUCCGUGACAUAACCUCCUCUCGAGCUGGUGCCGUGUUAAAACCAUUGAUGAUAGAACGGAGUUGAAAUAAAGAUAUGCAAAACGAAACUUCUGGUUUUGAUUAUAAAAAGGAGCAGCAAACAAUUUUGUAAUCAACUAGUUUGGUUCAAUCUGUAUACACGUCGUUGAGCGUUGCGAAAGGUUUAUCUACUUUGGCCUUUAUAAUAUAUGGCCGACCUUUCGCAAUUUAAGAAUGAUGAAAGGGUGUCGCAAAAAAAACGUAUGUUUGUGUGAAGUCUGUAUUUUUUGACGCUCGAUACCCAGAAAAAUUAGUUUUGGGCCCGAAAGUUGAAAUAAUCGAGGGAUCAAUGAAGAUAGCAUGCAUUAUAUUAUCCCGGCUUAAAAAACGCACACGUUUUAGUUAUUGCAUUGAUCUUCGCCGUUAUCACUACAAGAAUUUCAACAUUAAAUCAAUUACGCUCUCACU